UAGCUGAAGUUACGUCGCUGAAGAGGGCAGGGAAGCAGCCGUUUAGCUACGUGACGCACACAACAAUAGUUCACCAAAUUUCGAAAUUAAGCGUAAUUAUAGUCUAAUAUAAAUAGUUUUGCGAGUGUAAAUUGCGCAUUACUGCAGUUUAUAUUUGCGAAUAACGCCGAAGGAACGCUAAAGCGUACGUAACGAUUAUAACGUUAGCGGAGAUAGUUUACUUUUUUCGACAACAUGAGAGGGGGUUCUUCCUACGGAGACAGAGACAGAGACCGCGGACGAGACAGGCCACGGUUUGGGCCCAUGAGCAGCCGGAGUGGACCUCCACCUAUGAAGUUUGGGAAUCCAGGUGAGCGUCUCCGUAAAAAGAGGUGGAACCUGGAUGAGCUGCCAAAAUUUGAGAAGAACUUCUAUGGUGAACAUCCAGAAGUCCAGCGCAUGAGUCAGUAUGAUCAGGAAGAAUUUCGCAGAAAGAAGGAGAUCACCGUCAGAGGCUCCGGCUGUCCAAAGGCGGUCACUGCCUUUCACCAUGCACAGUUUCCUCAGUAUGUGAUGGAUGUGCUGUUGCAGCAGAACUUCAAGGAGCCAACAGCAAUCCAGGCUCAGGGCUUUCCUGUGGCCCUGAGCGGCAGGGACAUGGUGGGGAUUGCCCAGACUGGCUCCGGAAAGACACUGGCGUAUCUUCUUCCUGCUAUUGUACACAUCAACCACCAGCCCUAUCUGGAGAGGGGAGAUGGCCCAAUUUGUCUGGUACUCGCUCCGACCAGAGAGCUGGCUCAGCAGGUUCAACAGGUUGCAUAUGACUACGGCAAGUCUUCCCGGAUCAAAAGCACCUGUGUCUACGGUGGAGCACCCAAAGGACCACAGAUUCGAGAUCUCGAGAGGGGUGUUGAGAUCUGUAUCGCCACCCCUGGUCGCCUUAUUGACUUCCUGGAGAGUGGGAAAACUAACCUGCGGCGCUGCACCUACCUCGUGCUGGAUGAGGCUGACCGCAUGCUGGACAUGGGCUUUGAGCCACAGAUUCGCAAGAUAGUGGAACAAAUCAGGCCAGACAGACAGACUCUGAUGUGGAGUGCAACCUGGCCGAAGGAGGUUCGGCAGCUUGCCGAGGACUUCCUGAGGGACCACAUUCAGAUUAAUAUUGGUGCUCUGGAGCUCAGUGCCAACCACAACAUCCUGCAGAUUGUCGAUGUCUGCAUGGAGACUGAAAAGGACCAGAAACUUUUUCAGCUGAUGGAGGAGAUAAUGGCUGAAAAAGAGAACAAAACAAUCAUCUUUGUGGAGACGAAGAAGCGUUGUGAUGAUCUUACCAAGAGGAUGAGGCGGGACGGGUGGCCAGCCAUGUGUAUCCAUGGAGACAAGAGCCAGCCAGAAAGAGACUGGGUACUCGGAGAAUUUCGGAGUGGCAAAGCUCCGAUACUGAUUGCUACAGAUGUGGCCUCUCGUGGUCUGGAUGUGGAAGAUGUCAAGUUCGUCAUCAACUAUGAUUAUCCCAGCUGCUCUGAGGAUUAUGUGCACCGUAUUGGACGUACGGCCCGCAGUACCAACAAGGGCACUGCCUACACAUUCUUCACCCCAGGGAAUUUGCGCCAGGCGCGAGACCUUGUCCGGGUGCUAGCGGAGGCCCGGCAGGCCAUCAACCCUAAACUGCUUCAGCUGGUGGAAUCUGGGCGUGGUGGAGGAGGAGGUGGCAGAAUGCGUUACCGUGGCAGCAGCUCCAACAACCCUAACCUCAUGUAUCAGGGAGAGUGUGAUCGCCGCAUGCACGGUGGUGGCGGCAGCAAGGAUAGCCGCGGUGGCUUCGGCCGUGAUAGCCGCAACAGCCGUGAUGGAGACCGCUCCACUUCCUCCGCCUCUUCCUCCUACAGGGACAGAAGCCGGGAUCACAGGAACAGCUACAACUCAGGCUCAGAUCAGUACCAGAGUUACAACAGCGGCGGAGGCUACAACACGCGCAGCGGAGGCCAGUCUGGGGGAGGUCAGGAUCAGUCUAACCAGCAGCAGGGUCAGUUUGGCCAGCCUCCUGCUCCUCCUCCUCCUCCUCCUCAAUCAUCAGGGGGGCUGCAGCCUCUGAUGGCUCAGCAGUUUGUACCACCACAGCCAGGGCUUAUGGGCUUCAUGGGUCAACCGCCUUUCCCUUUUGCUUCUCCACCCCCUCCUCCCCCAGGCCCUCCACCUCCCCGGAAGUAGAAUCUUGAGCAAGAGGCACUGAGUUAAUUUGCGCAGCUUAGUGUUUUCACAGUUUAACUUUAUAUUUACUCUCCAACUCUUGUCAUCACCAAGAGGUGGGGAUUUGAAAAGGCAUAUAUCUAAGGAGGGAAGGGCUUAUAUUUUUCUAUUUGUUUUGUACUUUUAAAUAUGUAUAGACCUGGAACUUUUCCCCUUUCUUUUUGUCAACCUAGAUCGUCACUCUCCACAGCCUCAUACAGGUGCUCUCAACCAUGUACCAGGGAGGAACAAGUGUCUUGUGUUUUCAUUUCAGUCAAACACUACAGCAGUGGAUUUCACCAGUUUGUUGUCCCUCUAGUCUAAAGAUACACAAUGCAGGAUUUUCCUAAAAAUAAAUAAAUAAAUUAAAAAAAAUCAUUUUGCUAUAACUGGGACAUCCUUGGGCACAGUACAGAGGUGAGGUCGGGACUUUACAAAAAGGAGUCUUUCUGAUACCGAUAUCCAUAUCGGAAAUGCCUCUGAUACUGCCUAUAAUGUUGAAUCAGUUAUCUGGUACCACGUAAUUCACUUCUGAACUUUAUCCACACCUGGAUAAGAACGGCAGUUUUUUACAGGAAUCAAUUCUUCUUAGCUGCUCUAAAUCAGUAACCUUCACAGCAUGUUGCACUGUGGCAACUACUGUUUUAGAGCGACAAAGAAGUAUUGAUUUCCAGUAAAAAAGUGUAACGUUAGCUGUAAAAGGUCAGCAAUUUAGCAUUUUCUAUGGCAUUGAUUCUCUAUUAAUUUGUCCUUGUUUUACUAAAGGUUUAACCGUGCCACCCAACACAACAAUGGUAGCAAUAAUUUCACAUCCAUACAAGGAUAGUAGUAUACAUCAGUUUUCUUUUUUAUUUUCCUUUAAAUGUAAUGGUAUCUCACUGGUACUUAGUAUCAGCCAACAUGCAAGUAGGCUUGGGCGGUAUCUGUGUUUUAAUACCUCUGAUAGGUAUCUGUAUUGGGAGGGAAAAAACUAGUGUUGGAACAUCUUUGAUAAAAAGAUGGUAACAAGGUGCCAGAAGUGCAGAAAAAAACCUGCAAAUGUAGCAAAGCCGGGGUUGUUGUUUACCUUCAAGGGACAAUAAUGUUUAGAAACAUUAGUUGACAGUUCCUGCGUAGCGUACCUUUAAAUUGUGUUGACAAUUGAAUGAAAGCUAUCUUACACUGAGGCCUCAGUGGUACAUGGGUGAAAGAGCUGAUCUAUGGGAAAAUGAUCCCUAAUAUAUGCAGUCACAUUCCAGAGCCUUGUUCUGUUCCAGCUUUUAUUAAUAUUCAAAAUCUCCAACUUAUUGAGUUUGAGGUUUUGACCACCAACAUAUGGUAAUUAUUCAAUUAAUUUUGGGCUUGUGUUAUUCCAAACAUUGAAGUAAUGCAUCCCAGUGGUGAAUCUUCUUCCGUAGUGUUGAUACCAUGCAACCACUAUUUUAGUUUCUUUUUUGUGUGUGUAAUGAACUGUUGCGUUAGGUUUAAAAACAUUUACUCUUUACUUCUAUCAUGUCCUGUAGCAAGUCAAAACUUUUGUUUCUAUUAACUUUUAACUGUUUAACUCAUCUUGUUAAUGCAGGUUUAUCUUCAUGUGGAUUGUUGACUUUAUUGUGGUUUGUUUGCUCUUUUAUUCAUUGUUCUUUUUUUCUUAAUAAAUAAAUCUAAGCAUU